AUGGAGCGCCACGUUUACGAAACUCCGAGCACAGAUUUUUGCGGUGGUGUCCUCCCAUGGCGGCGGCGUCAAAACCAGAGCAGAGCUAAAAUUUACACCUUAUACAAUCUGAAAGGAAGCAGCCGUGCAGGGAAGGCAGGAAUCGACUCUUUUCUGGGUUUUCUCAAUUUCUCCAAGCUGAGAAUUUCUCAAUCCGUAGACUGGAGUUCGAAGCUUCUUGGCAAUUUGAAGGAGGAUGUGGAUGUUAUGGACGAGAAGACGGGACCAAAUGUUCACAGUCAUGGUGUGGAGGAAGGUUCAGCUCCCCCUGAAAGUAAUGAAUACUACUCUUCUGGAGAAGUAAACAUGGAGGCUGCUAUAUCAACUGACGAUGUCAUUCGAGCUGGAGGAUUUGGAGCUAGAGAUGAUAUAGGUAGCCUUCUUCCUGUUGCUAGUGACUCGACCGACUUCGAGGCGAUGAUCCUUAAUGCUAAGGACUACGAAGGGCCACAGGCGGAACAACGAAGACCUGGCCUUGGAUGGAAAGAUGCAUCUGAAGGAGAAAAAUCGUCUUCUGUUCCCUAAUCUGUGAGUUGUCUUUAGUUAGUUCUAUCUUUCUUCCUUCUGGGACUUUGUGGCAUGUGGGCAUAUCUAGUUGGUUAUCUUGUUGUACAAGCUAUAAACUGAGGGCUUGUCUGGUGGAAGCAAUAGUUUACUUGUAAUCAGCUUUAAUACACUGUGAAUUGUGAUGUACUGGAAUUGAAGCUCACUUUUCUAGUGAAGCUUAUACCACAAUGUCUUCUAUACAUGGACCCUUUUGUUAAACAUGAUCA